GCUGAGUGUUGUUUGUUCGUGCGACUAAAUAAUGUAUGUAUAUGCACCUUAAUCAGCUCACCUUUGUUUGUGGGGAAAGUGUCACUCCAUGCACUAAAAAAACUUAUCUUUAAACAGAAUACACAUAAUAUAUGAGAUACUGUCUAUCAUACACAAGAUUAACCAGCAAAAUUGAGACAUUAAGCUUCUUUGAAUUCCACCCCAUAUGGAAAUAAAAGGAACUGAUCAAGAGGCUGAUAAACUAGCUAAAUUGGCAACAAACAAAAAACAACCCCUAAAGUUACCUCCUUAACCAUAUGUGUUCCACCAGCAGAGAGGAAGAUGGCCAUAAUGGCAUAAAACAACCAGCCAGCAGCAGUUUGUCCUCAUGUAGUAGGUUAUAUAUAAGCUUCAUCAGCAUAUCGCAUAAUACGAAAAUAUCAAGGCGGUACCAUUAUAUAGUCGAUCGGGUUGCUCUAAGGCAUGGUUAAGCGUAUUCUUUGAUAGUAGGAAGAUUUACAGAAGAAGAAAAAAAAAAAAAAAAAAAAAAAUCCUAAAUGACCAGGAGCAGUAAAACAUGGGCAGCAAAGGGAGGCUAUGAUGUGCUCGGCCAGUAGUUUCCCUUGAAUUUAGGUACACGGCGCCAUUUUUGAAGGUACUUGCACACACAUUUGCAGGUGUUCGAAACAUUUUACCAUAUAACGAAGAUAUCAACGAUUUCACCUGAUGAUGACACUAUGUGUGGCCACAGUCAUAUAAUAAGUGCAUGUCCACAUUUAACAAAGUGUCUUCUCAGAUAAGAUUUCAGUAGAGGAUGGAAACUUCAGUCAAUGAAUCUAUAUGCACCUCUUCAGACACAGGAGAGAUCGUCUUAUCUCCAAUACCAUUAGACAUCUUAAAAGAUGUAGUGGCAUAUGUUGAAGUUCGCACAGCAAAUGACAAUCGCAGUGCAUCAAUCCAGAAAGUUCUAGAACGCCUGGGAGCUCGUGUGGAGCAAAAUUUUACAGAUGAGGUCACACAUGUUAUCUUCAAAGAGGGCAAGAAACGAACCUAUGAUAGAGCCAUAAAGAGAAAAGUACAUCUUGUUUCUGUCCUAUGGGUUGAGCGAUGCAGAGAGCAGGGUCAGCAUGUACCAGAGGAAGGUUUUGUGGCCAACACAGAAAAAUACCUUUCAUCACCUCUUCCUGGUGUUCGAUGGAAGAAGUAUAAGUCAAUGCAGCCUCGAGACUUCAAUGAUGAAAUGACACGGAGUGCAGAAAGUGUAGAGAGACGUCACAAGCGAAUGGCUCGUGCUAAUACAUUCUUUGUCAAUGAUACAGUCACACCUGACCGGUCUUCUGAUGGUUUUAGUGGAAGACACACAACCACGAUUACCAGUGGUGAGCAGCCUCUUACUGCAGUCACCUGGAGCACCACAAUCCCUGUCACUCCGCCCAGUCUGCAGGAACGCAUCCUGCAGCUGCAGAAGGAGAAAGAAGCAAAGAAAAAUGGCAUCUGUUCAUCUCCUGUGUCCUUCAGAUCAGCUCCAGAAACACCUCUUCAAAGAAAGCUGUUCACAGCAGAUGAUGAGGAUAUAUCAGAGGAGCUUGUUAGACAAAGGACUAGUGCAGUCUUGCAGGAGAAACCACAUCUUGAGAGCACUGAAAAUGAAGAAGAGAAGUAUUUGAAAGCUACACAAAUAAUUUCACCAGAUGGCAAGGACAUUAACAAAAAUAGUAUGAUUUCUAGAAACAAGAAACUUCACAAAGCUUCUCAGCUAGACUCUGAAGGUAGCCCUGUAUAUGACAAUCAGAUAAACCACAAAAGGCGCAGCAUGCGGUUAUCAAAUAAGUUUUUCACAAGAUUGAAUUUAGAAGGCAACAACGAUUAUACAAAAGCAUGCCACAAAGAAUCACUAAAGGAGGGGAGGCAACUUGAUGGAAAAGGAGUAGCCUCGGUAAAUGAGGAUUGUGGCUAUGGGUCUUGUUCAGAACCUGCAGACAAAUUUCAGCAAGACUCAGCAGACAGGCUUCACUUGAACUCGACAGACAAGCUUCAGCUGGGCUUGGCAGACAAACCCCUAUCAGACUCAGCAGACGAAGCUUCUCUAGAUCAUAAAUUUAAGCCAGACUGUCGUAGUACAAGGUUAUCCAGUUGUGGAAACAUUCUUGCUGUAACAGCUACUUCCCAGCCAGAUAAAACAGCCAACUUGAUAGAUUCUAGUGCAGAAUGCAGAAGGGAUCAGGACGCUGAUCCAGGGACUGCAUCCAAGGUCCAGAUACAAGGCCAAACCAAAGUCCAUGGUGCAGAAAGGAGGCGUUCAAGACGUAGCCUAGCCACAAGCUUGUCCACAACUGGAGCUGCAGCUGGUGCUGGUAACAUCUCAGGUAGGUCACUUUCAGGUCAGCAGCUAGCUUCAGGCAGGUCUGUCCCUUUCAUGAUGGAUGAGGACAUGAGCAAAGACUGUAUUGUUAGCUUAAGUGAAAAAUGUGUAACUGAGAUGCCAUCUGACUCAAGUUCCAUGACUUCCACAAAGAAGAUGCCAAUAGAAUCUGUGGUGACAACGGGACGAAAAAGAAAACUUCAUAACCUUAACCAGGAAAUGGAGUUUUUCAUCCAGACACCUGACAGUCCACGUAAAUGCAAAUUGUCUGAAAAGCAGAGCGAAAUAGAGCAACAAACAGAGUCAGGGCAGAUUGAUGACAUUUUACUAGAUACUCAUCAACCAGUCAAAAAAGGUAGAAGGAGCUUGUGUAAGACAAAAGAAAACAAAGGGAAAAUAAAUUCUCGAUCAAAGAAAAAAUCAUUGACUUCAGAUUCAGACAGUGAAGAAAAGCCAGCUUUUAGAAAGAGUCAGCCAAAACGAAUGCGUAGAAGCCGUGGCAGUCAAAGCACUAGUGACAGUGUGCUGGGGGGGUUGCCGAACAAUAGCCUGCUGGGUGCUUCGAUGUCCAUGGCUGUCGAUGACACUUUGACCUCUCCAUCUUUCGUGAACCAACAGGAGCAUUCCAAGCCACGGGCCAGCAUUGAGGAGUUUCAAACUUCAUUAAAAUGCAAGCAGAGCAGCCGCUUGAAAAGGCAGGUGUCUCUUUCUAGUGUGUCAGAGAGUGCCGAUACAUCUGGGGAGGAAAAGAAACAAACUUCAAGCCAGCAGUAUUCCAAACAGUUUGGGAAGAAGUCUUCUAUUGUGAUGACCAGUUUACACAGGCAGGAGCAAGAGCUGGUUAUAUCUGCUGUGAAAAGACUUGGUGGGUUUGUUUUGGAAAACAAUGUUUCACGUCACACGACUCACCUAAUAUGUGGUGAACCACGGCGUACCCUGAAUGUUCUGCAUGGUCUGGCAAGAGGCUGUUGGAUUCUAAGCAAAACAUGGGUAAUUCAAUCACUAGAAGCCGAAAAAUGGGUACCAGAAGAGACAUUCGAACUGAUAAAGGAAUUUCCGAAGUCUAAGGUUACACGGCUCGCUCGGCAACAAAUUUCAGAUGGAGAUUUUCAGUCAAAGCUGUUUGAUGGGAUUGGAAUUGUCUUUGUUUCUAAAUCUUGUACUCCUCCACGUAAUCAAGUGGCAGCUCUCUUGCGUCUUUGUGGUGCUAAGGUUACAGAAAAUGUUAGUCGAGCUGAGCUUCAUAUUGGUAAUGAAAGUACUGCAUGUAAAGUCAGCAUAAAACCUCUCUGGGUUUUGGACUGUAUAACACAGCAGCAGCUGCUAAAGUAUGAGGACUAUAUUGUGACAGGCGAUGACAGGCCUAAGAGGAGUAGCAGCCCAGAGUUUUGAUUCCCAUGGCUGACUUCAGUGCCUAAAUUUUAUGCAUGGCACACUUCACUGUAGGCUGGACAAAGUUAUGGAGCACAUUGUGUGUUUUGUGUGUGCCCAUAUUUGUUCAUGCACAUUUUGUUGAUUCAUUUCCAGGACAGGAACAUCUGAAGAUUUAACUUGUCAUCAGUAUAAAAACCACAGAUAAAACUGAUGAGAGUUGUGUGAUGCUGAUUGAUUUUUUAUGAUUUUUAUGAUAUUUUUAAAAUACUGAUGACAUGAAGUUAUCAAGCCAAUGCUCAUAAUUAUUAGAGUUAGGUUUUGGCAAUACUGUUGUUUUUAUUUUUAUUAUUGAGACCUCAUGAGUUUUGAGGGUGGUAUUCUGUCCAUACAUAAUUGUAUUAUAGUAAUUAUAUUGUAUUAUAGUAAUUGUAUACUAUAAGAACCAAUACAGUGAAGGUUGGCUGUCCUGGGUUCAGCUCUUAUCUCGGGCAAGCUGUUUUUCUUCUACAUGUGGCAUCUGUUUACAGGGCCUUGCUGUGAUACAGCUUUAGCAGCUUGCUGGGUGUAAAACUCAAUUCCUCCCCAUCACCUCCACUCCCAAGACUUAUUUGAAAGGAAAUAGGACAUCAUUUCUUAGACAUAAAUGUCAUUUUCACGGAUGUGUAUAGGUGGAUUGUUGUCUGUCUGCCGAAACCAAGCUCUUACGAAAUUCUCCACUGUUAGUCUCGUCGAGCCUAAACAAUGGAUAUGGCUGAACCGUAAACUUUGUACACACCUGCCUCGUUUUAGUAGUUAAUUGGAAAAAAUCAUCUGCAACUGAACAGCAGUUAGUGUUUUAAUUUAUUGAUAUUUUUCUCUUGUUAGAGUUUUCAGUUGUAGGCAGCAGAUAUUUUUGCAAGCAGCAUGAAAGGAUUUUAAAAUACCUGUGAUCAAAUCACUCUAUUUUUAAAAUUAAAACAAAACAAAAAAUAAACAAACUUUCCAAUCAUGCUAGACUUGUGAAAGAUAUUUUACUUAUAUAUAUAUUACCACUUUUUCCUCUCUGGCUGUGGCAAGGGAUUUGAUUUGGUGAAUCUCACUGAAGCCAACCUGUUACCUCCUACACAAAGUUAGUGUCGAGUGAGUUAGAGGUAAAUAGAAGUAUUAUUUCAGCUUUUUCAUUUAGUUCUGGCUCUGGUUUUGAAGAAGUUUUACCAGUUUAUGUGCCUGGCAUGUCCUUGUUCCAUCUGCUCUUCUAUUUAUAGUAUCUGUUAGCUUUUCUCAUUAGAUGAUUCAUCAUAUUUUCAAAGAAACUUUGUGUUCCAGUUUGUAGUCUUUCAACUAUCAGUGAAAGUAUACAGGUGUAAUUGAAACAAUGAAACCUUUUCACCUAGAAUGACCAGUAUUAUGUGUGCAGCAUUAAGUUCCAAGUCUUGACCUAUCUUUUAGGCUAGUUUUGCAUGUCUUUUUCCAUACAUUUCACAUACAGAGGGACAUUACCUUUGAUGGUCACCCAUGUCUUGACGCCAACUGUAUAACAACUGUUUAAACAUGCUUUUACAUCCAUCAGUCAAACCUAAUGUUUCCUUACUCCCUUCAAAAGAAAAGUGAGGUAGGAGUUGCUGUUGGCAUCCAUGAUGAAUUUGAAAAAUCAUCAUUGCACUUUGAGUUUUCAAACUUUCAUUGACUACCGAGCAAUAAAUGUUACACAUGCCUGCAAUUGUUAUUAGUCUAAUGUUCUUUUUCCUCAGUUGCACUGAAGUCAAAAGUUGAUGUCGUUUUUAUGCUGUAGCACAAGCUUAAAUAUUCUGACAUUAUACAAUGGUAUGGUAGCGGCCCUGUGGCGCAACGGUUAGCGCUGUUAGCGCCUGUCACCAAUACAGUGAAGGUUGGCUGCCCAGAGUUCAUUUCUCGUCUCGGCACGCGUUCUUUCUCUGCAUGCAUCUGUUUACAGGGCUGG